CGUCCUACGGCUUGCUAAUCAUACUACAAGGUUUCUACAAAGAACAUCGUGCUUCAUUUUAUAUAUAACAGUAUGGGUCGUCCAACAGCAGAUUCUCCCACCAAGAGGAAGAGGAAGCCAAAGGAUGCCAACAGGCCUAAAAGAGCAACAUCAGCAUAUUUCUUUUUCUUAGCUCACUGCAGAGCGGAGGCUAAGACAACAGGCAGAAAUGUUUCAAAGAUUGCUGAAUUCACCAAAGAAGCUUCUGCACAAUGGAGGGGCAUGAGCGAUGAUGCAAAGAAGCCAUUUGAAGUCCGUGCUGCCAAGGAUAAGGCACGAUAUGAUGCCGAAAUGGCCAUGUUCAAAGGGAAAACUGUAGACCCCAACAAACCAAAGAGACCACAGACCGCUUACUUCCUCUUUCUUGGACAAUUUAGGAAAGAUAUGAAGAACAGUGGAAUCGACCAUAAAGAUAUUAUCAGAAGAGCUGGGGCUAAAUGGAGGGAGAUGACAGAUAGCCAGAAGAAACCAUUUGAGGAACAAAGCCAAGUUUUACAGAAAGACUAUGACAAGGAAUUAAAGAAAUGGAGAGAGGGUGGAACAUCAAGUGGUGCUACUGGUGGAGUCAGGCAACAGGUACCAGUAAACAAUGGUAUGGAGGAAGAGGAAGAUGAUGAUGAUGAAGAAGAAGAUGACGAUGAGGAAGAUGAUGAUGAGGAGGAUGAUGAUGAGUGAAAUGAUUGUGCUUGUGUUGAAUUGACAUGUUAUGAACAUAGAUUGGAGAUAUUGCAGAAUGUGUCAAAAAUUCUUCAGAAAAGAAACAAGUAUUUCAUACUUAUUUAUGUUGUGUAAAUGUUUCUCCAAAUCUAGCCAAGAGAACAAUCAAAUGUUUCCUUUAUGGAACAAUAAGCAGCAUUUGAAACAUUGCUUAGUGAAUAUUUUAGUUGUGACAAAUUAUUUGGACAAAAAAAAAAUGGCAAUGUUUUGUACAUUAAAUGUUUAAAAUAAAGGACAGGUACUUAACAGAAGGUUUUAUUUCAUAUGAAUAGAUAUAUAACAGAAAUUCUACAAAUGAAGGCAUUAAUUCUGUUGCAUUUUUAGGAAUAUCAGCAUUUCCUCUAGAGUAUGGAUUAUUUCCUGGUAAUCAUGAAGAAAGUCCCUAUAUGGAGUGUUUAGAACAAACUAUGAUUUUAUCACUGAUGUGAUUGAUAUUCAGCUUGGAAAAUUGUGCUGAUAUGAUAUGAAUUUGUUUUCCGAUGAUUGUCUCCAAUCAGUUGUUUUGUUUAGUUUUUUUUUCUUUUUUUUUUCUCCAUUUUGUAAAGUAGCAUUCAUCUUUAUGUCUUCACAUGAUUAGACAUUCCAUUCUGCUGCCAAUUCAUUUUGUUUCCAUUUUUACUUCUGUGAAUUUUGAUUUUUAAUCAAAUUUUAAUGAAAUUAUAAAUUUCCUGGAAGGUUGUAUGUGUAAUCAGGUCAGCAAUUUUGCUUUGAUCUUCUAUUGUAUGUACUAGAAAAUUCCUACAAUCCUGUACUCGGUUUAAUUAAGUGUCGGAGGCAGAAUUGAUUUGUACAGAAUGAGAAAUAAUUUUUACAAAUUUUGCAUGUUUUCCCCUUCCUUUUUUCAAUGUUAUGAAAAAAGAUAUUUUGAAAAAAUGAAAGCAUUUAAGUUUUGCCUCCAUUUUUAUUUAAUCCGCUCAGGGAAAAGAUCAUCAUGCUUAAAAUAUAAACAUUGAUUUACAAUGUAAGCAGUUGCUUAUAAAUUCUCCUUUGAAAUAUGAACAUAGAAUUGUGGCACAGUGAAUGGAAUGUCACCAAAUCUCAUAUUCCAUUUUUCAUCGUCAUAGUGUUUGAUCUUGUUGGCAUAUAUGACUAAUCUGGUACUUAGGAUGAGGUACCGAAAAUGCCAGAUUUACAUAAAAAGUAUAUAUGUCAAUUGUCCAUAUAUAUAUUAUAUAUAAAUUAUAUCCCAUCAUGUCAUUGUAGAGAGUCCGUAUCAUUUUAGUUGAAACUUUUUACAGAAAGAAACUUUUGUCCAUAUUUUUAUUGAUGUUUAGAAUAUUUGAGUCUUGCUACCUUCAAGACUACAUGUAUCUUAAAGUCAUGUCAAUAAAAAAGUGAAAUUGUUGAUAUAUUACUUGUCAUAAGUUAUCAGGUACUGGAGAUAUAUAUAUAUAAGCAUCAGGUCGAGUCUACUGUUAGAUAGGGGAAGUAACCUGAAAAUAGACAAGCAAGAUGGCAUCUAAAUAUUUCAACAAUUUAUGAUAUGUAAGCAAUUUGGUUAAUUGUCAAGUGAUUCUGGCUUUUCUGAUUGUUAUGAUUGACUGUCCAUGUUUUCGGCUCCUACACACCUAUAGGGAAAUUAAAUCACUACAGACGUGGCCAGCAUGGCAGACAAUCGGCAGAUGUGAACAAAAACCAAACAGUAGCAAAAGGUGCAUAAUGUCCUCACUACAGUGUAGUCUUCUGAUUGUUAUCAGUAAAAUUUCUUUGGUUAUGUCUACUGGUUACAAUUGAUAAUUGAUCGUGAUUUUCAAUCAAUAUACCAAUACUAGUGAUUAUGGUUUCUGGACCCCUACCUCUUAAGAUGGCAGCAAUAGCUGCCAUAUUGAAAAAAAAAAUUUGAUUGCUACAUGUACUUCUGAUGAACAGAAAGUAAAAUUGAGACAGGACUUUAA